GUCUUUUAAUAGCAUUUUAUCGUUUUGUGUUUUAAUUGCAUUUUUAUCGUUUUUUUCGUCGAAGUAAUCAGUUUUAAUAUUUGUCAAUUAUCGUUGGUUUAGUUCAUAACAUACCUAUUUUUAAACCUACCUAUUCGUUUCUUUUUUUGUGUGUGUUUGCUUGCGUUAUAACUGCAACUUGUAUUAAUGUCCAACACCUUUGUACCAAUUUGAAAAGAAUCUAUUCAAAUGACAACUUGGUAUUUCAUUUCAAUUGUUCGAGGAUUCAAAUAGGUACCUACGAGUACAUUUUAAUGUUGUCUUUUUGAAUUAUUACCCAGUCACAUUUAUUUAUGUAGGUGCGGUACUUACUGAUAUUUUAUAAUACAUAGUACCUAGAUAUAUAUCUGCCUACUUGACCCAUUUAAUCCCCGGUUAAUCAAUUUGAAGAAAAAAAACUUCGAUUAGGUACCUAUAGGUACCUGCCUGAUUAGAUAAAAUGAAUGUUUUUUUGAAACGUUCUUGAUAUCAAAUACAAAAUAAAUUCAGUAAUUCGUGAACUGUUAGGUACUUUGUAAUUUAUUAUAGUUACUAAAUUAUUAUAUUUUUUUGAUAAGAAAAAACUACACCCAAGUACACAUAAUGAUGGCGCUAAAUUUCUUAAUACUCGUACUAAUGAUGUUAUCAAUUUUAUCAACCAAAGCAUCAAAACAAUGUUAUGCUGAAAUGGAAUCACCCUAUGUGUAUUUUGCUGCAAUGACAUCAUAUUCUGCUGGCCGUGGUUCCCAAAUGAAUGUCCCUGAAAAUUGUGAGCCAGUUUACUUAUGGGGAUUGAUUAGACAUGGCACUAGAUACCCAGAAAUUGAAGUUAUUAAUUCGAUGGAUAAAUUAUACGUAUUAAGAGAUGAAAUAAUCUUGAAUCACAAAAAAGAAAAAUGUUUGUAUGUACCUACUUAAUUUCAACAGGAGGAAACCUAUGCGAAAAAGAUAUAUUAAAUUUAGGAAAAUGGAGCUCCAAUUUACCAGCUGGUGUUGUGAGUGAAGGUCUGGCACCUCAGGGUGUAAAAGAUCAAAUUUUCCUGGCACAAAAAAUGAAAGAAAUUUUCCCGAAAUUAUUCGAAUCACCUACAAAAGAUGAUAUUAUGCACAUUUUUGUGUUUCACCUGCAUCAGUUUCAAAGCUCUGGACAAAGUCGUACUAGAGACAGCGCUAUCGCAUUUUCAAACGAACUAACUGGAAGUAAUUUUACCACAUCGGAGGGAAAUAAUAUUACAGAAAAUCCGGAACUUCUUCAACUCGCUGAACAUUGCCCAAGAUAUGUUAAAGAAGUUGAACAAAACUCCUCAACUUAUAUGGAAGUCAACUUAUUCAAAAAAACCGCAUAUUUUCAAAAAAUAAUUGCUGAAAUAAGUAUUCGUUUGGGGUAUAUACAGUCGUUGUCAUUUGAUUCAAUUCUAUUGAUGUAUAAUGUUUGCGCCUAUGAAAAUGCCUGGGACCCUGGAUCAAGACCACCAUUUUGUGCUGCUUUUUUGCCGGAUGAGUUGAAAGUAUUUGAAUAUUUGUACGAUAUGAAUAGAUAUUAUAAAAGAGGAUAUGGUAGUCGUUUUGUGAACCAAUUAGGCUGCCCGGUUGUGCAAGAUAUGAUGCAGUCUCUCUUAUAUGCUAAUCAAAAGCUUUCAAAAACACAUAAAGGAAAAUUCUUAUUUUCUCACAUGGAAACAAUAAUUCCUACGACAGUCAAGUUGGGUUUAUAUAAAGACGAAGAGCCGCUGAGACAUGAUAAUUAUCAAAAAAUGAUCAAAAAACGCAAAUGGAGAUUAGCUCAAUUUGACCCAUUUGCCGCAAACAUCAUUGCAGUUUUGUACAAGUGUUUUAAUCAAACUAAAGUGGUAAUUUACCAGAACGAACGUCCAUCUGUGUUUCCACAGUGCAAUAAUUCGAGUUUCUGCAGUUUGGAAAUUUUGCAGCGAAUGUUUUCGGAUGUUUUCAAUAAAGACGAAUGUAACACGGAAUUCUGUCAAUUGCAUUCAGAAAAAGUAUUUUCAGCAUAUUCGGAUUUUUUGAAUCCGAUUAUCCUUGCGAUAAUUUUUUUGAUUAUUACUUAUUUCUUAAGAUGUAGGUACUUAUAGAAACAUAUGUUUUAUUCAACUAUGCAAUUGAAAAUAAAUUUUAAACCUGAAAAUUCAA